AGUUUGUGUGAAAAAGGGAAGGAGGGGGGGAAGAAACAUGGCCGACCAAACAUUAGAGGUAAACACAGCUGUUGAGGAUCAUGUAGAAAAACCAGAACCAGAAGAGUCAGAUGUUUCUGGUCCGGCGACCGAAGAUGAACCCGACGGCGGUGAGUGUCGGGACUCCCCCAAGAGGUCGCAUCCAGCCGCCGCAGAGAGCAGCUGGUCGGCUCCGAUCCUGUCUCUGGCUCGGAAGGCCACGGAGACGAUCAGCAGCGGGAUGAGCUACGCAGCUGCCCCCAGAAAAGCCUCCCAGGACUCCGCUGUGGGUUCUUCGAGCGACACGGAGGCCGUGAAUCAUCUGAACAGCUCCUCAGAAACUCUUCAAGUUGUAACCCCCAAAGACCCCAUGGCAAUAGAGAGAUCCAACCUACUCAGCAUGAUGAAGUUAAGCAUCAAAGUAUUAAUCCAGUCCUCUCUGAGCCUGGGCAGGACUCUUGACUCCGAGUACCCUCCUCUUCAGCAGUUUUUCCUGGUCCUUGAACACUGCCUCAAACAUGGUCUUAAAGCCAAGAAAUCCUUUAUUGGUCAGAACAAGUCUAUAUGGGGACCUCUGGAGCUUGUUGAGAAGUUGUGUCCAGAGUCUGCCAACAUUGCCACAAGUGCCAGAGACCUGCCUGGAAUUAGAACGGGUUUAGGGAGGGCACGGGCCUGGCUGCAUUUGGCGCUCAUGCAGAAGAAAGUAGCAGACUACUUGAAGGCCGUGCUCGACCACAAAGACCUCCUGAGUGAGUUUUAUGACUCUGGAGCCUUAAUGCUGGAGGAGGAAGGAGCAGUGAUGGGAGGGCUGCUUGUUGGACUCAAUGUCAUUGAUGCUAAUCUGUGUAUUAAAGGGGAGGAUCUAGAUUCUCAGGUGGCAGUCAUUGACUUCUCUCUCUACCUGAAAGAUCCAGCCAGCAGUGAGACACCUAAAGACGAUGCCAAGAUGACAGCCAUACUAGAUCAAAAGCACUACAUCGAAGAACUGAAUCGGCACCUGAGUGGCACCGUCACCGACCUCCAGGCGAAGAUGGACUCUCUAGAAAAGACCAACAGCAAGCUUGUAGAGGAGCUGACAGCAGCAACAGACAGAAUCAACGCUCUGCAGGAGGAACAGGAGCAGCUCAGACAGGAGAAUGAUUCCAUCUUGUUGACGAACCAAAAAAAGGAGGAGGCAGCACUUCAGGACAGCCAGGUGGAGCUGGAGACAUACAAACAGACCCGACAAGGUUUGGAUGAGAUGUACAAUGUGGUGUGGAAACAGUACAAAGAAGAAAAGCGUAUUCGCCAGGAGUUGGAGCGUGAACUGGAGCUCCAGGUGGGCCUAAAGAAGGAGAUGGAGGUGGCCAUGAAGCUGCUGGAGAAGGAUAUUCACGAGAAACAGGACACUUUGGCGGCCUUACGGCUCCAGCUCGACCAGGUCAAGACUCUCAACCUGCAGAUGUUCCACAAAGCACAGGAAUCGGGGCGACAAGCAGAGAAAAAGCAGGCGGAGGCGGUGCAGCUGGAACAGAGGAUAAAUGAGAUGGAGAAAGCCAUGGUGGAACUAGAACAGCGACUGCAGAAAUCAGAGCAGGAGCGUAGACAAACCGACCUGUCAGACAAAGAUAUGAGGGUGGAGCUGGAAGGAAAGGUCGAUGGUUUCCAGAAACAGCUAACAGACCUCGAUACACUAAGAACGGGUUUAGAAAACGAGCUGCGUGCCGAGAGAGAAGAGAGACAAAGCUUGCAGAAAGCUCUCCAACGGGAACAGGACAACAGUACGGAACUCCGCACCCAGCUGCAGCAGCUCCAGGGUCUCCACACGGAACUGCAGGACUUGAAGAAAGAGAAAAAGCAGCUGCAGCAGAGAUGUGAACAGCAAGAGCAUACACUACAAGAGAUGGGCUUACAUCUGAGCCAGUCUAAACUCAAGAUGGAGGAUUUCAGGGAGGUUAACAAGGCCCUGAAGGGCCAUGCAUGGAUGAAAGAUGAUGACGCUACGCAUUGCAAACUAUGCCAGAAGGACUUCUCCAUCUCCCGUAGAAAGCACCACUGCAGAAACUGCGGCGACAUCUACUGCAACAAUUGUUCAGGCAACGAGCUAGCCUUACCGUCCUACCCUCGGCCCGUGAGAGUGUGCGACAUGUGUCACUCGCUCCUGCUGCAGAGAAGUUCCUCUACAGGUUCCUGACAGAAACACCUACAACUUGACAAGUUUUAACAGACUUCCUAACACUGGAGAAACCCAACCGCUGAAGUUAGUAGCUUAAAGAGACUAAUUAUAACUGGGUUUGGUGUUCCAUUGUUGGUUGACCUGAAAUUCAGGAGCAUUCACAUGUCUGUAUUAAACUUUUUAACGCCGACAGGAUGAACUAAAGAUUGCUAAGACUACCGGAUCGUAUAGACUAAAAGGUUUUAAACAUUUCACUCGCUGUUGAAUACUAAAUAAAAUGAGUUAUAGAGAAGCACCAAUCAAUCUGAAUCAGAUGCGCACCGAUCUACAGGUCAAACAUGAGGGAGGACAUGGAAAAACUCCUGAGUUUGUACUGCUAGGCACAUGCUUUAAUGUGUAAAUGGAAUAAUCUUGUAAUUUCCGUUGGAAUCAAAAUAACACCAUCAAAGAACUUACAGCAUCUUUUGUUGUGCAUUACAGGCUUUAAGAAAAAGUUCAAAUCUGAAUCGGCAAGUCAGAACUAAAAGAAACUGUAUUUGCCCAGAAGAGCCUGAUUGGUGCAGCUCUAAUUACCACACGUCUUUUGCAUAACAGAUAAAACUGGAUGUAUAUUCUGUGAAACCGAUAACAACUGUUAGGACUUCUGUUUGGUAGUUCAUUUUGUUCGUUUUUUUUUUAACUUCAGCAGCCUCUGUGCUGGGUGCAGGUGUGUAAACUACUGUAAAAUCUUGACAAUAAUCAAACUAAGAAUGUAUGAAUUAGUUGAUCCUGUCAACUUCUACAAACCCAUUUAUAUAAUCUAGGAAUGGUUGACUUUUAUUAAUCUAUUUGAUAAAUCAAUAAAGCAUGUUUUUCCAAUGCUUAUUUCA